AGUACCGGAAGUUCCUGUUAAAAUUCCUUCAGCUGAGUCCCACUCCCUGUCAGUCCGGCCGGCCAAGCCACGGUCCAGCUUUGUACCGUCUCUUCGCAAAAAAAUGAGCGACAAAGGUCUGUCAGAUGAGGCAGUGGCGGCAGCCUGCAAAGAUGGAGACCCGAUUACUAAGGAUUUCAUGAUGCAGCAGACUAUGCUGCGGGUUAAAGAUCCAGUAAAAUCCUUGGAUUUCUACACCAGAAUCCUUGGCAUGACGCUCCUGCAAAAGUUUGACUUCCCCUCCAUGCGUUUCUCUCUCUUCUUCUUGGGCUACGAGGACAAAAAGGAGAUUCCUACAGAUGUGAAGGAUAGGACAUCCUGGACCUUUUCCAGAAGAGCCACCAUUGAGCUGACACAUAACUGGGGCUCAGAGUCUGAUGAGAGCCAGUCUUAUCACAACGGAAACUCAGAUCCACGUGGCUUUGGACACAUUGGAAUUGCAGUUCCUGAUGUCUAUGCGGCCUGCAAAUUGUUUGAAGAGCAAGGUGUCACGUUUGUCAAGAAGCCGAAUGAUGGUAAAAUGCAAGGCUUGGCCUUCAUUCAGGACCCUGAUGGUUAUUGGAUUGAGAUCCUGAGUCCUAACAACAUGGUGUCGAUUACCUCCUAAAAGAGUCUGACAACACGCUACCUGCUGCAGUGCAUACAGACCAGACCUGCUGUCGCUUCACUGGGAGAGCACAACGUUGGGGUUUAGCAAGGAAUUGAGCAACAUGUGCCGGAAAGCCGGGGAUAAAUGGAGCGGGAUACUUAUGGGCUCUCCAGUGGGCUGAACUAAUAUUGGACAGCUGAUGAGCAAAUAGUUUUAGUAAUUGCUACGUAUACAAACCAAUUUGUGUUUCUGUUGAGUUUGUCUACCAUCAUUAGUUUGUACAUGUCUUCAAAAAAAAAAACAAAGCGGUAUUACUGUGUAAUAAAUGUGAAAACCACCAUGCAAUUGGAACGGAUUUGUGAUUUCUUUUAGUUUUGAGAGGCAAUGUAAUCAAGGGCAAGAGUGGCAGCAGUUUAUCUCGAGUAAGAUUAUAGCAAACAGUUAUAAAGUGAUUUGAUUGUUUUCUGCAGUUUAGUCACAAAGGCCAACAUGUGCUGCAUGGUUUUUUUUUAAACAUUUUCAGAAUUAAUCAUUAUAAAGUAGA